AUGAUCGAGUUGACCUCUGACCCCGAGUUCAUCGUCUCUGGAGCCUCGAGAACGGACAUCUGUCAAGGAGCUCUGGGUGACUGCUGGCUGCUCGCUGCCAUCGCCUCUCUGACUCUGAACGAAGAAGUUCUGGCUCAAGUCGUUCCUCAUGGACAAAACUUCAGGAGAGGAGAGUACGCAGGCAUCUUCCAUUUCCAGUUCUGGCAGUUUGGUGAGUGGGUGGACGUUGUGAUUGACGACCGUCUGCCGGUCAAAGACGGAGAGCUGAUGUUCGUCCACUCGGCUGAAGGGAGAGAGUUCUGGAGCGCUCUGCUGGAGAAGGCCUAUGCCAAGUUGAACGGCUGUUACGAGGCUCUGUCUGGAGGAUCCACCACUGAGGGGUUUGAGGAUUUCACCGGAGGAAUCGCUGAGGUCCACAACCUAAAUACACCUGAUCCACAUCUGUUCCACAUCAUCCAGAAAGCCCAGCACCGUGGUUCACUGAUGGGCUGCUCCAUUGACAUCACCAGCUCAUCUGACUCCGAGGCAGUUACCUCUCAGAAGCUGGUGAAAGGCCACGCCUACUCUGUGACAGGUGCAGCUCAGGUGGAGUACCGUGGCAACAUGGAGAAGCUGAUCCGGAUCAGGAACCCCUGGGGUCAGGUGGAGUGGACCGGAGCCUGGAGCGAUAACUCGGCUCAGUGGCGUCAGAUCAGUGACGAGGACCGAGAGCGUCUGAGCCAUCGCUCAGAGGACGGAGAGUUCUGGAUGUCUUUCAAUGACUUCCUGCGACAUUACUCCCGGCUGGAGAUCUGCAACCUGACGCCCGACGCCCUGAGCGACGACUCCGUCUCCAAGUGGUCUCUGUCCAAGUUCGACGGCAGCUGGAGGAGAGGAUCCACUGCCGGAGGCUGCAGGAACUUUCCGAACACGUUCUGGACGAACCCUCAGUUUGUGAUCCGUCUGGACGAGGAGGACGACGACCCGGACGACGGAGAGAACGGCUGCAGCUUCGUGGUUGGUCUUAUCCAGAAGAACCGCAGACGCAUGAGGAAAAUGGGAGAAGACAUGCACACGGUGGGAUUCGCCAUCUACGAGGUUCCUGAAGAGAACCGCGGUCAGAGGAACGUCCACCUGAACAGGAACUUCUUCCUGCGUAACGCCUCGGCUGCUCGCUCCGAAACCUUCAUCAACCUGCGAGAAGUCUGCAGCCGCUUCUGUCUGCCACCGGGAGAAUAUCUGAUCCUACCGUCCACCUUCGAGGCGCAAAAGAAUGGAGACUUCUGUGUCCGUGUCUUCUCCGAGAAACAGGCUGAGUUCCAAGAGCUGGACAACCCCAUCGAGUCCAGAGUGGAAAAGAUCGACAUCGAUGAAGAUGAUGUAGACGAUCGGUUCAGAAGUCUGUUUGGACAGCUGGCAGGAGGGGACUGUGAGAUCUCGACCUUCGAGCUGCAGAAGAUCCUCAACAAAGUGGUGACCAAACGUUCGGACAUCGAGACCAACGGCUUCAGCAUCUCAACGUGUCGUAAUAUGAUCAACAUGCUGGACAAAGACGGCAGCGGUAAACUGGGUCUGGUGGAGUUCAAAGUGCUGUGGACCAAAAUCGAGAACUACCUGAAAAUUUACCGUGAGAAGGACGUGGACAAUUCAGGGACGAUGAGCUCCACUGAGAUGAGGACGGCUGUGGAGGAAGCUGGUUUCAGUCUGAACAACACGCUCCAUCAGGUCCUGGUGGCUCGUUACAGUGACCCGGAUCUAACCGUCGACUUCGACAACUUUGUGAGCUGUUUGGUUCGUCUGGAGACCAUGUUUGACACGUUCACCACGCUGGACAAAGAUAACUCAGGAACUAUUGAGUUCACCAUGAUGGAGUGGCUGAAUGCGUCUCUGCUCUGAGGAACCUGGACUAACCUGAUCCGGAUCACAGCAGAACUAUUGUCUUUGUGGGGAAUGUUGAAUAGUGAUCAUGAGGGACGUUAGUGAUGUUCCACCUUAUUGAUCAUCUAUCAAUUUAUGUAAUCAAUGGUUUAUUACAUACUAUAAUGUAGCUAUGAGUGUUUAUUAAUGUUCUGUAUAACUUGACAGUUUAUAUUAAGGAUCAUUAUCUCUUUAUACGGCAGACAAAUAAACACUAACAACUACAUUAUAGGCCGUUAUAAACCUGUUAUUAGAUGAAUGCUGUGUUCUGGUUGGUUUAGCAGACUGUUUGUAUUUCAUCAAUGAGUCAUUUAUUUUGUUUGAUAGCAAAGAUGCUUCACACCUGAUGCCUUAAUAAUAUCUGUAAACCUUGUUAUAGAACAGUUAUUAAUGCCUUAACAAUAAAGACAGUAAAUAUG